GCUCGCGGCGGUCAGAAUCGGUCCGCUAAAAUCCCAGACUAUGUGAAGUAGGGCGCCGUGCUGAGAGCCAAUCCCACGUCGCUCCUCACAGACCAACCCGCGGAAUGCUAGACAUGUUUAGAACGUGAAUCCAGGGGUCCAUCAUGGAGGAGACGGCAGAACACAAUAUAUUCUAUGUGCUGCAUCUGUGCUAUACGCCGGCCAUCAUAGUCUUUGGUGUGCUUGGGAACCUCACAAGCAUAUCCGUCUUCCUGGGGACGAGGAUGAAGAAGCUCUCUUCCUCGUACUUCCUGGCUGCAAUGGCGGCUUCUGACUCGACAUAUCUGGUGCUGCUCUUCUUACAGUGGCUCCUCGAUAACGAUAUGUUCGUGAGUCUGAUUGUAGAGGCGCUCCACUCGCACGGAGGCUGCAAGAUCAUGAAUUACGUGGGUUCAACAAGCGCCAGCAUCAGUGUGUGGUUGACGGUUGCCUACACACUGGAGAGGUGCAUAGCCGUCCAGUAUCCUCUCCUCCGGGCCACAAUCUGCACUGUGGGUCGCGCUAAACUCGCUAUUGCCUUCAUCACUGUGGUGAAUUCACUUUACUAUGUGUACAUCUUCAUCACGACGAUACAGCUGCCUGGAUUCAAAGACUGCGGUAUCUACCUCGACUACAGGACUGUCAUGAUGGUACUGAACGCCCUCGACAUAACGCUCAUGGUGUUCCUGCCCUUCUGCCUGAUCGCCGUCAUGAAUUCGCUGAUCGUGUGGAAAAUAUGGAAUUUCUCCCGCAUCUUCCAAGUCAGCGAGAACAGGACUAAUGCCAGAACGUGCGAGGGGCCCGGGGAGACGCCGCUGACCCCCCUCUUACCCCAGCCCGACUCUCCCCCUCCUGCCGGGACGACCCCACAGCCCCUGCACCCCGCCCCUACCCACAGUCUUCCACAGCCUCUUCCCACCAACGCCGCCCACACGUUGCCGCAGUCGCCUCCGUCCACAGCGCCCUGCUAUCAACACGCCACCCCUACAACGAACGUCCUUGCGCUGACUCAGGGUCCUCAACCCGCUGCUGACGCUCCACUGCCUCAGUCCGUUAAAACAACCACGGUCACGAGUCUCUGCAACGAGGAACCGGCUCAGCACGAAGCGAGUCAGAACGUCAGCGUGAAUGAGAGCCAGAAGCCAUCGGACAAAAGCCACGCUGAACCGAGGAAUCCCCGUUGCGGCUUCAACUCAGCGCCCGGAACCGUCCUGCACACCGUCCACACCGACAUCAUCAGCAAGGACAUCAGCAUGUCCGACACCAACCUCAUGAUUACCACAGAGGUACACAUGUGCGUCAACAUUCACAAAUCCGGGGACGCACAGCAGGGCCUGAGUGGCGGGCCGUGCGGUGCCCACUCGAACGCAGACGGCGACGAGCAGGAGAAACCUUCCUUGCCGAACUUAGAAGUCUCAAGGUGUCCCGUCAUGAACACCAAAACCAGCCGCGAUGACGUCCUUAAAACCGAAGUCACGCUCUCUCACACAACGGCAAAGGACGAGAUCGUGCAAUCGUACACUUCCAGCAAGGAGAUCCAGACGCACAUUAACACCGAGAACGAGGUCGUCAAAGCUUGCGCCAGCUCGGAAAACAAGGUCACUCGAACCCACGUGACCUCGGACUGUAGAGCUGCCACAGAGCGUCCGCCUGAACCCACCAGAAAUACCGAGAAAAAUCAGGACAAAAGUCGAGGUCAAGACGGAAGCACAGUUAACCGCCAAGAUAACUCAGCUUGUCGCCAGGAAAGUGCCUCUCAUCGACAGGACAAUCCAAGUAGCACCAGGAAUAACAUCACGAAAAUGCUGCUCUUAAUCUCCACGCUGUUUAUUCUUCUGCAGUUGCCGAGCUGCUUGGUCCGAGCUUACGUGAUGAUCACAGGCCACGAAUCAGAGCUCCUGGUGCGUCUUCAGAGAAUUUUCCUGUGUCUCUACAACUCUCAUUUUUCGAUCAACUUCAUCCUUUACUCGAAAUGCGGUUCCAAAUUCUGGGAGUGCCUGCGAUCGAUGGUUCUCUCGAAGCUCAAACGCCUUGUCAGAUGGUACAGGGUUGUGUUCUUCAAUGACCAGUCUGUUUAGUGUUGUGUUUCGUAAGUUCAGUGUUGUUAUUAGAAUGUUGAAAAAAUAUGUAGAAGGAAAUGUAUAUUUAUAUUACUAGGAGAACAGUCUAGUAACAAAAUGUAUCUUGU